UACAAUUUAAAUGAAGGAAGAAGAAUUUUAAUUUUAUUUUUUUAUAGACAAACUGGAAGAAGAAAUUUAUAUUAAAAAAUUACAAGUCUGUUAGAGCAUCAUUACCUUGACCAGUACGCAUUUUGAUUUUUAUAAAGCAUAUAUAUAUAUAUAUAUAUAUAUUGUUUUUGUACUUCAUGACUUCAUGUGCGAUCUGAUUCAUAUUAUAUAUCUCUUCCCCUGCUACUUGCUUGCUUGAAAGAUCACCAACAAAGUUUUGUACCCAGAAAGAAAAAAAAGAUCAUUCUUCAUCAAAGAUAAGUCAAUCACCAAACCAUGAUGAAGAAGAAGAAACAGAGCAGAUCCCAAUCUUCUACCAAGAAAACGCUUGAACCAUCCUCAGACUCAUCACCUUCACCAAGACUCCUCUCCAUUAUCCGUUCUAAGUUGGCAAGUGGUAAAGACUUAAAGCAUAUGUUCCGAAGCAUGCGGAGUAAACCCGUGCCAGGAUUAUCUUCUCAGUCUAGAAUCGUGAGAUGUCCCAAGUGCCACAAACUUCUCCAGGAACCUUUAGAUGCGACUUCUUACAAAUGUGGUGGAUGCGACUCGAUUCUUCAUGCAAAACAUUGGGAACUGGAAGACAAUGAUAACGCAAACACUAUUCCCGAGGCUCUCCUUUCUUCUCAAAACCAUAGUUUAAGUAACAAGGUAGAAUCUGCAGAAGGUGGUAAUAGAACUACAUUGAGGAGUAUUCAACGGGAGUACAAUCCAAGGGCAUCACCUUCUGUUGAAAGGGGCUAUCAUUCAGAAACUGUUUACAAGCAUGAGACAUCCGAUAUCCACAGAGAAUGGAUGGGAAGGGCUGACGAAUUCAGUGUGACUGGUGAUUCUGAAGCGUUUUCUUCAGCAAGAACCUCUCCGUAUAACUCACGCAGCAAUACUUCGCAAUGGAAACAACACGAGGGAAGAUAUGAAGACCCGCCUCAGGUUCCUUUUUAUCCAGCAAGUCUUUAUCCUUCUUCUGCAUAUGAAUAUGGCUACAGUAGUCCUUCUCACGGGUCUCACGUUUCUGCAUUAGAGCAGCCUUACUAUCAUCAUCAACCAAACCAAUUCAAGCAAUAUGGACGAGAAGGCUGGCGUCAAGAAUCUUCUGUUGCUUCACCUACCCAUUUUCCGGGUGCGACCUUAGAAGGAAAAUACUAUCCUCGGUCUUCUCAGUCUCCGCGACAUGAUCUUCAGUAUCAUAAUCUGUAUGAAUCCAGUAGCUCUGCAACCCCGCAUCGUUCUGAGUACUCUGAGCGUAGUUAUCAAGCAGCUGCAGCGCCACAUCACUCCACGUACUCCAAGCAUUCAGUAGGGAUUUAUAAGAGUGACACAAGUAGUGAGAAGAGAUCUUUGAAGGGAAAAAAACGGUAUGUCGGGAAAAGGAAUCAUGUGGUGAAGCACCAUAUUCUUCCUUCAGCUGGUGGUGCGCCUUUUGCUACUUGUUCCUAUUGUUUGGAAAUUCUACAGCUUCCUCAGGUGUCUCCCAAAGGAAAACAUAAGAGAUAUCAAGUGAGAUGUGGCAGUUGUUCCGGUAUACUUAAGUUCUCUAAUCGAGGGAAAGCAGAUACUAUCCUGGAUUCACCUAGCUUUCUGGAUUCUGACAUGGGUAUUGCUGAUGAGACUGUUAUUAAUCAUCAGGAUUCAGCUAUAGAAGGCCACGAAGAGAUUUACCUGGAUGGAAGUCAUCUGUCAUGUUUAGACGAUGAUUUUGGAGAUACUAUCUGCAAAAGCACGAAUGAUGUUAUAUUGAGCCGAAGUUUGGAAACAUUUGAGGAUAAGGGGAUUAAAGAAGACAGAGAGAACUUAUCCAGCAUUUUAUUAGAUUCACAAUUGGAGGCAUUGCAGCCUGAUCUGAAACCUUUGGUGAACCACAGAUUAAGGAAGCAACAACCUGCAUCAAGUGAUACUAUUGCAGAGACUUCAAGAAUUUAUCUAGAGCAGUCUCAGGAAGCUCAUUCAGAAAAGUCAACCGAGAUGGAUAAUAGCAUUUUUGAAAGAGUUGUUUGCAAUUUAGAAGAGUCGGAAUAUGAGAAGAGAGAAAUUAUUAAGCCAAAAGUUAUAGUUGGAGAAGGAUCAGCUGAGUUCCUGGAGGUUCCAGUCUACAAGAACAAAAUGAGGAGUGAAUCAAGAGAAGAAGCCGAGAGAGUUGCAGAGAAAUCAAUAUCUCAUAGUGAGGAACUUCUAUACAAAAACGAAUACAUCUGUGAAACAAGCUCACUGUCUGAAAAUACUAAAGACACUGAGGUGACUCGAGAAAAUGAAGAAUAUGGAGAUGAAAGUACAUGGGAAGAAAUCAUAGGAGACAAACACCAGAUGCAUUUAGAGAAAUCGCAGUACAUUGGAGAUUCGAUCUAUGACAGUAGCUUACGUUAUGGUGAAACAUUUGAGGAUACAUCAGUCAAAGAAGAUACAGAGAAAAUAUCAAACGCAUAUUCAGAUGCAAUGCCAGCUACACCACAGUCUUCUCUGGAAUCUUUGGUGAACGAGAACCAGAGAUUUAUAGAACAUCAUGACCAAUCAUGUGAGGCUAUAGUAACAACAUCCAUGAUCAAUGAGAAAUCCAAGCAUGAGUAUGAGAAUUUAAGAGAAAAACAAGACUUGGAAAUGACCAUUAGUGACAGAGUCAGGUAUGAGUUAGAGGAGUCUAUACACGAGACCAAUGAAACUCUUGAGGAGAGCAAGGUGGGCGAAGAUAGGUAUAGUGAUUAUAUCGAGAAUGCGAAUGGGGCAGGUGAAAAGAGAUUGGUAUCUUAUCAGAUGGAUUCUCCACGGAGGAAUUUAAAAAAUUCUUAUGGAACUCUAGAACCAGUUUAUCUAGAAGGAAGCGGGUUUUCAGGUGAAAAAACGUGGGAAGAGACAAUGGAAGAUAGAGCGGGGUUGCAAUUGGAGGAAUAUGAAAGCAACUAUGAGUAUUACAGCAGAUCAUUUUGCAUGCAUGAUUAUGAGCUAGUGACAAUACUUGAACCAGACGAGGAUCCUGAUGGAAGAUCAAAGUCCAUUUCACAAAUUUCAUUCAAUAACGAUGGAGGAGCAGAAGAAAGAGGCGUGCGUCAUGUGGAGGAGCCCCAGCUAGUGAGUGAUGGCAAAACCGAACAGCUACAAGUAUGUGAAAUGGAGAAAGAUACGGUAUCACUAGACUUGGAGUGUGGAAAAGAAUCAAUGAAACCAGAUGAGACAUUUGAAUGGACUUCAGGGAGAACUUUGACAUUUCGUCAUCAUGGAUGUCAGGUAGGGAAAAGGCAUGAACCAGACGAGGAUGCUGAUGGAAGGUCAGGAUCUAGUUCAAGGGAUUUCGUGAAUGAUACCAACAGUUCAAAAGAAAGAGCUGUAAUUCACGAGAAUGGGGCUUGGCUGGUGGAUGAUCAUGAAACCAAAGCCGGACAAGUAUGCAUAAUGGCAGAAGAUGGACCAUCACUACACUUGGAAAAGUGCAAAACUGAGAAAAUGGAAUUGGACGAGACACUUGAUCCACAUGAUGAUAUAUUCAGGCUCAGUGUUGAUGGCACACUUGAACAAAAGACAAUGAAGUUGAUGUCUCAAGAUAAGCAAGAAAAUCCAGGGACGAACUUCAAACAAGGUGAUAUUGACGAAGAUGUACGAGAAUUUAGUUCACAUGUUACUUCAGAGGGCCAUAAAUCUCCAAGUAAAAUGGCAGAGGUAGAUAGUGAAGGUGAAGAGGAGAUACCGGGUGACCAUAUAAAGCAUUAUCAGAAAGAGAAUGAGAAGUCAGAACUAACCUCUGAACCAUAUGCUCAUAUCUACAGCACAACAGAGCCUUCUGAAAUCGUAGGUUUGCGUCUUGCGUUAUACCAAACGCAAAAUUCACCUCUACGGUCACCUCUCACGUCACCAAUUCAUACUCCCAUUGGUUCUCCACUGCAUUACCUGAUGGCUUCACAAAUUCGUUCUCCAAUAGCUUCAACAAUGCAUUCUCACAUAGUUUCACGGCUUCGUUAUCCCAUCAACUCAUCCGGUUCAUUAUCUGAUGUAUCGUUCCUCAGCAAAAAAAGUUGAUGACAAGAAAACAGAAAAGCAUUCUUCCAAGCUUAAUCAAUCUUUUCCCCAUACUUGAAG